UUAGGAAACAAGAUGGCGGCGACAACGAGUGAGGAAGAAGAGUUAAGAGUUAUGAGACUGGAGCUUCAAUGGCUUUUGGAAAAACAAGUCCCCUCCAUUUUGAGAAAAGUUGAAAGUGUUUUAAAGGCGUGUGAUGAAACAUUCAACGAAAAACCUCAAAAGAAAUCGGAGGACGGCUCUGAAAAACCAGAUAAAUUCUUGCUCAAAACACCUAGUAUUGACGUUCUGAAAGGCUACGUGACAGUAAAUGGCGACUCUAUUACGAAUGCUGAGCUGAAGUUGAAAGUGCCCAAAAUAGCGAAUGGUAAUAUUCACACGUAUAUCAAGGAAGGGCAUCCAUGGAGACUAAGUCAAGUUCAAGAUGCCAAGAACAAUCUUCAAUUGGCAAUAGAGAAGAUCAAGGAAGGUUUAGCCAUUGAGACAUUCACAACAGGAAUGCAGAUUAACGAGAUGAUGGAUGAACUGAUUAGUGACAUUUCAAGAGGAAAGGCGAGUCUGAGCGUACCAGAGAAACACACAGUUGCUGAAAUCAUGUCAAACGGAUCUUUGAAUGCCUUCAAACCAUCUCUACCCAGCGAAGUGGUGGUGAAUUUUCACGUGAACUGUCACAAGCUUAUUUUCACUAUUUACGUUCUAAACACGUUAUCAGUACCGCCACCUCCUUCACAUUCACAGAAAUCUCACGUGAACAGCAACAAGAUUUCUUCCGUUUUUGAACAUGGUGGAAAAUGGUUUGAAAUAAUCAACCGUUUUGAGGUUGAAUGUGUCGUAUCUUGGCUGGAGGACGCCUUCAGGUUGAUAGCAAUAGCACUCCAGUUAUGCCAGCAGAUCAAAGAUAAGGUUGGCGUUUUUUCAAGAAUAACAGAAGAAUAAUUGAUUGGUAUUCUCGGAUGAGAAACCUAACUUUCUAAUCACAUGAUGAAACUAACUCGAACUAUUUUCACGGAUACAAUUAAAUAGUAGAACUGUAAAUAUUUAU